GCCGUUCAGGGUAAAAGCUGCAUCUCAUACUCCUCUUCAGUUAUUUCUAUCUGGAAGGGUUUGUGUAAGGACGGGAUAUGUCUGCGCCCUCGGGCAAUCCCCCUUAUCGGCAAGGAUAGAGGUUAUAAAUUAGGUCAACUUUCUAGGCGCACGUCCUGGUUGGAGACUUCUGCCUGAUCCCCUGCUCAGUAGGACUAGUUGAUGGAAGGGGGGACCAUGGCGGCCAAUCCGAAAACCGUAGAAGAUGUUUUUAAGGACUUCAGUGGCCGAAGAAAGGGCAUGUUAAAAGCUUUGACAACUGAUGUGGAGGAAUUUUACCGACAGUGCGAUCCAGAGAAGGAGAAUCUAUGUUUGUAUGGUUAUCCGGAGGAAGCUUGGGAGGUCAAUCUACCAGCAGAGGAAGUUCCGCCUGAACUACCAGAGCCCGCUCUUGGGAUUAAUUUCGCAAGAGAUGGAAUGCAGAAGAAAGAUUGGCUAGCCUUGGUUGCUGUGCACAGCGACGCGUGGCUACUCGCAGUAGCUUUUUACUAUGGCGCUCGGUUCGAUAAGAAUGAGAGGAAGCGCUUGUUUAACCUUAUCAAUGACUUGCCCACACUAUUUGAUAUAGUAACGGGCAAGAAGCAGGCGGCUGAAAAGGCAGCAGCCAACAACAGUGGGUCGAAUAAGGCGAAGAGCUCGGGCAAGUCGCGGAGUGGUGAGGUGCAGACAAAACAAUCGAAGGCGAAGCAAGAGACUCCAGAGGAAGAGGAGGAUGACGAGGAGGAGCAUGGGGAGACACUUUGUGGCAUCUGUGGUGGACUGUAUGGGGCAAACGAGUUCUGGAUUGGCUGCGAUCAUUGUGAUAAAUGGUAUCAUGGGAAGUGCGUAAAAAUCACACCAGCGAAGGCAGAGCAUAUCAAGGACUACAAAUGCCCGUCUUGUGCAAAGAGAGCUAGAUGAUCUGAUUAUCCUGUAUUAUGUUUCCAUGUGAUUGAGUGGUCCUUGGCACCACCUGACUGGUGGUAAUGAAUCGGGCUGCUAGGGGACAAGUGGGGUACUGAUUUGCAACAGGGUGCUAAGUUGUGUAGGUUUAGGGAGAAGGGAAAGGGGGGGAAGGGGGUAGUAGUAAGUGUCUAGCCAGCAUCACACGACCUCUGCCAAUUGGCACCUAACAUGGUUUUGAGCAUGCACGCCCUACUGACCUAAA